AGUCUUCCAAGUACAAAAAAGACACAUUCAUUCAUAUAGAUUCAUAAGAGUUUUCAGCUCCCAAAAAAGGCUACAUAAUAUAUUUUUCAUAUAGUUCAAUUUCCGACAUGAAGCAAAAGAUAGUCAUGAAGGUGCAACUGAAGUCUGAGAAAUGCAGAACCAAGGCCUUGAAGAUUGCUGCGGUCGCCAAAGGUGUGAGCAAAGUGUCGAUAGAAGUAGAGAAAGAGCAUGUGGAGGUGAUUGGAGACGGAGUCGAUGCGGUUGACUUGGCCAAAUCAUUGAAGAAGAAGCUUGGUUAUGCCACCAUAGUGAGUGUUGCAGAAGUGAAGAAACCAGAUGAUGCAAAGCCAUUUGUUCCAAUUGAAUGGACAUCAAGCUAUAUUCACUAUCCUGUGCACUACGAUGGAUACUACCUCUGGUAAAAACAGCACUUUUUAACAUAGUGCUUUUACCCAUCUAUAAAGUUCUGAUCGUCUUUAAACCCACUUUUCCACAACGGAUCAGCUGUUAUCCUCCCUAUCAUGUAAUUUUGGUUGAUCAAGUAAUUAAAAGGUGCCAGACGAUUGUUUCAGUU